UCAGACCUGGCGGAGAGCUGGGCAGGGCAGGUGGGUGGCAGCUCCACAAGGAGCAAAGGGCUGCCCGCUCCAGCCUUCCUGCUCUCCGAUAGGACAGGGGCGGCGCCGAGCUUCCUUCCCUCCACACCCUUGGCUGAGUCCUCUCUCCUGUACACACAGGUGCCGGACAAGGAGUUGUUCUGAGGGUGGAACUGGAUUGUACCGAGCCCCGCCGGAUCCCCUGCUUCUAAAAUGGCUGUCAGAUCUCACUUCCAGGGGUUUGGAAUGGAAGACAUGAUUUGGGAACAGUAUACUGUGACAUUACAAAAGGAUCCAAAGAAAGGAUUUGGCAUUGCUGUUUCGGGAGGAAGAGACAACCCACAUUUUAACAACGGUGACAACUCCAUUGUGAUUUCAGAUGUCCUUAUAGGAGGGCCUGCAGAUGGUCGCUUACAAGAGAAUGAUCGUGUUGUUAUGGUUAAUGGAACUCUCCUGGAAAAUGUGCCACAUUCAUUUGCAGUUCAGCAGCUAAGAAAAUGUGGGAAAACUGCUGUCCUGAUGGUGAGAAGGCCACGAAGGGUACAGAUGGGUGCUCCAAGCAAAUCAGAACCUGCCCUAGAUAUGAUGGAUGACUAUGCAGAAUUUGAGAGCCAAACUGGUUAUAGUGCACACAGUGAGAGGAGCGGAUAUGGGGGAUCUCGAAGCAGAGACCCUAGUCCAGGCUUCCGAAGGGACCAAGAAAGAGGACCAUAUUAUGAACGAGAUCAAAGAGGCUAUGGAACCAGAGCAAAAAGUGUUGACCAAGAUCUAAAUAUGGGUUAUGGACUUAGGCAAGAUAUCAGCCGUGGCAGAAGUAUAGAUCGUGGGCUUGAUGAUGACCAGAUAUAUAAAAAAGAUCACAGUCGUGGCAGAAGUAUAGACCGUGGUCUGGAUGAAGACCGUGGGUACAGAAGGGAGCGAAGUCGUGGCAGAAGCCUUGAUCGUGACUUAGAUGACCCUCGUAGUUAUGGAAGAGAUAGCAGUCGUGGAAGGACCUUAGAUAGAGAUGACACUUAUGAUAGAUAUGCACAGUAUAGCCCAGAUCGUCAGCAUGGAAGAUCUUCAGCAGAACGUAGAUAUGACCGCAAUAUUCAGAAAAGCCGUAGUCGAGAUAGACUUCAAUCCCGCAGUCCAUCCCCUCUAGGGCAUGGAGAUUCAGACACUACCAGUGUCCUGCUAACCAAGAAAAAAUCUAAUGAAGAAUAUGGUCUUCGUCUUGGCAGCCAGAUCUACAUUAAAGGACUAUCCAACACUGGUUUAGCAGCAAAAGAUGGGAAUUUGCAUGAAGGAGAUAUAGUUCUCAAGAUAAAUGGUAUAUUGACAGAAAACAUGUCUUUAACUGAAGCCCAGGCAUUGAUAGAAAAAUCUAGAGGGAAGUUGCAGCUGGUUGUCCUAAGGGACAAACGACAGACCCUGAUAAACUUGCCAUAUGUGGAAGACAGUGAUUCGGAAAUGGAAGAUGAUCCACCAUAUGCAAACAAGAGGAGAAAUCCAAGAUCAAAGGAGCAGUGAACAAAAUAAAGGUCCAUGUGAUGGGUCUUCAAAUGCCAGAACAACUUUCUCUUUCUCUAACCAAAGAUAUAAAUAUACAUACACAUAAAAGCCAUUGCAUUUGUAUUUUGUAUUCAAUUAAAGGCAAAUUCGUAACAA